CCUCACUAGGUCCAGAAUGAUUGCCAAACCCAACUGUUCUUCAGCGGAUUCCUCAGCAUCAAGAUGCAUCCAAGAUCUGCUGUGCAACAGCAGUGUUGUGUUGAACCUCACUGAGGUGGAAAUGGAAGAGUUUUGCCUCAACCAAGACGAGUAUCUGGAGAAAUAUCUGGGGCCUAGACGUUCCCCAGUGUUUCUGCCUGUGUGCAUCACCUACCUGCUCAUCUUCUUGGUGGGAGCGGUUGGAAACAUUCUUACGUGCAUCGUUAUUGCUCGUAACAAGGUCAUGAGGACGCCCACCAAUUUCUACCUGUUCAGUCUGGCAGUUUCAGACCUGCUGGUGCUUCUUCUGGGAAUGCCUUUGGAGCUCUACGAAAUGUGGAGUAACUAUCCAUUUCUUUUUGGCAAAGGUGGCUGCUACUUUAAGACCUUCCUCUUUGAGACGGUUUGCUUCGCCUCCAUCCUGAAUGUAACAUCGCUGAGCGUGGAGCGCUAUAUAGCUGUGGUCCAUCCGCUCAGGGCCAAAUACGUAGUGACGCGCACCCAUGCCAAGCGGGUCAUCUUGAGUGUGUGGAGCGUGUCUGUUUUGUGCGCCAUUCCCAACACCAGCCUCCAUGGUAUCUUCACCCUCUCUCUUCCCAAAGGGAAAGGAGUUGGUGCAAUGUCCACCUCUGCCACCUGCAUGCUGGUCAAGCCACGCUGGAUGUACAACCUGAUCAUCCAAAUCACCACUCUGCUGUUUUUCCUCCUGCCCAUGUUGACCAUCAGCGUGCUGUAUUUGCUCAUCGGCAUGCAGCUAAAACGCGAAAAGAUGUUGCAGGCCCUGGAGGCAAAAACCAGUCUGGGACAAGACAGCUCCUCUAAUGUGCGCAGUCAGCAGCAGAAAACACGUCGCCAGCAGGUCACUAAAAUGUUGUUUGUACUAGUGGUCAUGUUUGGCAUCUGUUGGGCUCCGUUCCACACCGAUCGACUCAUGUGGAGUUUCAUGGACCAGAAGAGCAGUGAGCACAUGAAGAUUUUCCAGGUCUAUGAAUACGUCCAUGUCAUCUCUGGGGUCUUCUUCUAUCUGAGCUCAGCCAUUAACCCGAUUCUCUACAAUCUCAUGUCCACCCGCUUCAGGGAGAUGUUUAAAGAGGUUAUGUGUCGCCACAAAUGGCAUCCUGUCCAAAGGAAACGCUCUCUGAGCAUGACGAGGGUUACUGUACGAAGCACCUUGAGUGAUGUCCCACCCUGCAACUGCACUGUAACUAUUGAAGGAGAAGAUUAUGAUAUGGAUGAAUCCCAGGAAAAUAAGACCAGCUUCUAAGAAAUGAACUCGUCAUUCACUGUAUUUUAUGGUCAGUGCUUGAAAUUAACUCUGCAGCUUUAGAAAAAAGAUCCAUAAAUCCAAAACCAUACAUUUAAACUUAAACUUAAAUGAUAAUUGUAUACAAACACUUGGGUAAAAUACAUGGUUUGGUAAUUCUCUGUGAUAAAGAAUCUGUGAUGCUCCCAUUUAUUCCCAACGAUAACUCUUUCUCUGUUGGUUUAUCAGCAUAUUUUCCAAUGAGUGCAUGACAAGUGAUGCAGAUCGGCUUGUUUUUAAAACCAGUCAGGUUCUUGCACUGACUGCCAGUAUCUACUAAAAUUAAUUUCAAGAUAUCAUUCUUCGCUUUCAGCUGUCAAAGCCUGAGCCCCAAAUUAUAUUCAAUCUUGUAUUACAUAAAAAAAAAAAAAAUAGAUAAAAAAAAAUGUAAUUCUCAAAUUGGUGCCAUGACACUACAACUGUUUACAUUAAAUCCUGCAUUACCAAAUACUGUUUAAAAAUAUAGUUAACAAAUUAAAUAUGAAUAUAGCUUAAUUUUAAGCAAUAUAUUAUUAUAUGAGCUCCAAUGUUGUAGCCUAUUCCUGAUUAAAGGCAGUGAUUGCAUGUUAUAAAAUGGUUUAUUAAGCAAAAAGUUCAUAUUAAGCCAUUUGUGUUGACAGCUACUGUACCUUAUCUUCUAUGACAGUGCAAAUAGUUCCAAACAAUGCAGUACUAGAACUGCUGUGCCGUUACUGAAAGAAUAUGUGUUUUUGCACAACGUGAUGAGUGAAUAAUUCAAUGAAUCAUUCAUAAAUACAAAGUUCUGUCAUGAAACUCUAGAUGGUGCAGGCCGAUAGGUUGUAACUCAAUCUGAUAUAAUCACAUCAUGAUUCACACGGAGCAGCUAACUGGAUUCUUUCGCAUCAGUAGCCAAUGAGCUUACUCCUCAACAUUCAAACACUUGGCCAUUUCUUGCUGUAGCAGUUGCAGCAUGCUUCAGAAAACCUCCACCUCCCCAGCUCCACCUGUAUAGAUCUGCUAUAGGGUGAUUUCAUGUGUUAUACAUGGGGGUUAUUUCAUACAUGUUAUAUGUGCAGCAGCAGUAUUUCUUACAUGCUCACAGCAGCAUAUUGUGGAUGUAUUGGCAGUAGCAAGUCUCAGAACUUACUCUGCAGAAGUGGAGCAGAUCUAUUCCGCCAAGACAAAACACGUUA